AUGAGCAGCAGGUCCCUGGCAGCCAAAAUGAAGUCUCUGGUGUCUGUGUGCUGCUUGCUGUCUCUUCUGGCCGUGUCUGCUGCAGAUCUGCCAGACUCCCCUGUCCAAGAUGAGGAGCCUCUAAUGCGUCUGCAGCUCCAGCAGCCAGAUGGAGAUCUCUUUUCCUGUGGGUGUGACGCAGCAGAAGAGCAUGCCAGCCAGAGCUCCUCAAACGACACCCCUGCCCCAGAGAGGGCCGUGUGCCAGCCCUGCAAGCCCCCAUCAACUUUAGAUACUGAAAAAGACCCAUCCUCCUCAAAGCCUGAAGAGGAAGAGGAAGCACCUGAAGAUGAUUCUUCUGCUGAGGCGGUAGCAAGUGAAGAAGAGCGGGAAGAGGUGGUAAAAGAGGAAGAAGUGACAUCAGAAGAAAAGGCUGAGGAGACAGGUGAUGAUCAAGCUAUUCCUGAAGAAGAGGAGGAAACUUCAGCUGUGGCUGAGGAAGGUGAAGAAGAAGCCAAAAAUGAAAUAUCCCAGAAAGAUGAAGAAGUGAUCAAACACAAGGAUGCUGAUGCAGAAAAAGCAGUUAAAGACAUUAUUGUGGAAUCAGAAGAUGAAGAUCCACAGGAAAAAACAGAGGCAGCGUCUGAGGGAAAUAGAGCUGUGGAAACUGUCCUGCAAGAGGAUACAGAUGCUGAGGAUGCAGCUGAGGAGGAGGAGGUCAAAAUGGACAAAUCAGAAUCAAAAGAAGAACCAGCGGUGCUUACUGAAACCGAUGCUGAACCUGAAGAAACAGAACUGACAGAAGAACCAAAAUCAGUAUCAGACGCUCUGCCAGAAGGUACUUCAGAGACUGAACCUGAACCAGAGGCUGGAGUGAUUUUAGACAAACAUCCAGAGCCAGGAGUCACUCAACAGGCGCAGCCAGAAGCUGUUAUGGAGGAGGUCACACCACAAUCUGUUGAGGAAGUAUCAGUGGAGGAUGUAACAGAGGAAAUUACAGUAGAGGCAGUGGAGGAGGUGACUUCAGUGGAGCCUGGACAGUCUCGAUCCAAAGAAGGGGAGGCAUUAAGCGCGGCGCUCAGGAACCCUUCCCACAUUGAGGACACGCUGCGACUAUCGUCUGCUGAACCCUCAGCAGAGUUCUCAGGUGCCGUGAAGACCCUGUUGAACAUCUACCACAAGGCCAUCAAGCCAGUAGAACAGGCCUUCAAGUACAAUGAGCUCAGACAGCAUGAAGUCACAGAUGGUGAGGUCACAUCCAAGCCCAUGGUCUUGUUUCUGGGACCCUGGAGUGUUGGCAAGUCCUCAAUGAUCAACUAUCUGCUGGGUCUUCAUGGCACCCCCCAAGAACUCUACACAGGUGCUGAACCCACUACCUCCGAGUACACUGUCAUAAUGCAUGGUGAGAAGUUUCGGACCAUAGAGGGCAUCGUCAUGGCGGCAGACAGCUCACGGUCUUUCUCGCCUCUGGAGAAGUUCGGCCAGAGCUUUCUGGAGAAACUGGUUGGUAUUGAGAUGCCUCACAAGCUGCUGGAAAGGCUCACGAUUGUCGACACACCAGGCAUCAUUGAAAACCGAAAGCAGCAGGAGAGAGGGUACCCAUACAAUGAGGUGUGCCAGUGGUUCAUUGAUCGGGCUGAUCUCAUUUUCCUAGUCUUUGAUCCCACUAAACUGGAUGUGGGUGGUGAGCUGGAGAUGCUCUUUCGGCAGAUGAAGGGCCGCGAAUCACAGAUUCGCCUUAUUCUCAACAAGGCUGACAGCCUCUCAACCCAGGACCUGAUGAGGGUCUACGGAGCCCUGUUCUGGAGCAUGGCACCAUUGAUCAAUGUCACUGAACCCCCUCGUGUAUACGUCAGCUCCUUCUGGCCUCAAGCCUAUGCUCCCGACACCAGCCAAGACUUGUUCAUGAAGGAGGAGAUCUCUCUGUUAGAGGAUCUCAACCAGGUGAUUGAGAAUCAGAUGGAGAACAAGAUUGCAUUCAUCCGGCAGCACGCCAUCCGUGUGCGAAUCCAUGCUCUGUUAGUGGAUCGCUACCUCCAGACCUACUAUGAUAAGCUGGGCUGGUUUGGUGACCCCUAUGAGGUGUUCCAAGACAUUGUCAAUGACCCUGACAAGUAUUACAUCUUCAAGUCCAUCCUGGCUAAGACCAAUGUCAGCAAGUUCGACCUGCCUGACAAGGAGGCCUACCAGGACUUCUUUGGGGUCAACCCGAUUUCCAGCUUCAAGCAGCUCUCCUAUCAUUGCAGUUGGACUGGCGGCUGCCUGCUGGAGAAGAUAGAGAAAGCCAUCUCAUAUGAGCUCCCAGCUUUGCUCAGCAGAGUUAGCAAGAGCACAGAUGUACCUGCCCCUGCGAAAGCUGCAACAACACCGCCACCCCCCCUCCCUGGUACCUGCGAGAGUCCUGGAUGCGAGGAGAAACCUAAAAACCACUGGAGGAGGCAGUGAGAUGGAGGAGAAAGGUGCAAGAGGAGGCAGAUGGCAGCAGCAGCCAGAGGGUUUCCUGAAAUUAUCCCCACUGAUAUGGUUUCAGGGCUGGCUAUGGGAAGACUGAGAAAUGAGAGAGAAUGACAGAAAGAGGAUAGGAAACUGGAGGAACUGGAAGACCCAAAUCAGAGAGUACUUAAGAAUUAGUGCUUGUUUGUAUCUUUAUGAUGUACCAAACACAGAAUAUUUAACCACAUGGUUUUCAUUUAUGUAAUCGUUCAGUAAUAACAUCUCUUGGGUAUGCAUUUAAUACCUAAAGGAAACAAGAAUUGCAACAUUUUUGCACAUACUUUUUGACUAUAGUUUGAAGUAUAAGUAAAAAUAAGUAUGUCCACCUUUCUAUCUGAAGUCACUGCUGUCUGCAAGAUGUGCCAACCGCUUCCAUCAUGACAGGUUUGUAUAAUCUCACAAGAUAUUUGAAUGAAAUCUGGGAGACAUUUAAUCUCACAGCUUUCAAAUCUGUACAUUAUUUAUUCGCUGGCAGUGACUGUACUUUUGUGUGCAAUGUCUGAAGAUUCAGUGAGAUCUGCUGUGCUGUGUUUUUCUAGUCUCAACUCACCUAGCCACCAGAUUAAUGUCCUAAAACCAGAAUAGGUUUUUAUUAGUACAGUAUAAAAGAGAAUGGUGCUCCUGCUGUGCUUUUAAAUGUCCUCGAAACACAAUUAGUUGUAAUUCCACUACCCUACUGUAUACUGUACUUUGUACUGUAGUAUACAAUGUUCAAUAUAGAAAUAUAGAAUAUUUUUAUUUGAACAUUUCUGGUGCAUUGAAACUGGACUGACUGAAUACAACAUUGUGUCAUUCUCAAAACUGAAUUUUCUGUUUAUGAAAGCUUUUAUUCAAUGCAACAAAAGAAAAAUAAAUGUGGCCAUUUCAGCCAUCUGAACUGUUACUAGUUUUACCUCAACAACGGCUGCAGACCACAUGGGCAUUUCCUUUAAACUGUAAUCUUCUUUUCAUUCUUUUAGGCCUGUUUCUAAUUGUCAUUGUUUUGUGUGAUUUCUUUUCAGUAAACACAGAAAAAUCAGGAA